UUAUCAUUCAAUUAUAAAUUUAACAUUAUUGUGUUAAAGUUUACUAUUUAAAAUCUCAGUGUUACGUCGCAAUUAGUCAACCUAUUAAUAAUUAAUAAUAUUACGUUACGUACGACAAUAACUAGUGUGAACAAAGGCUUACACAUUAUCUUGUAUCAUGCUCCCGCCGCGUACGGCUGUGUUUAAAGGCUUGAAUUUCGCUAGAAUGUGUUUUCUUGUCAACUGUUUGAAGAGAUUUAAGAGUUCACAACAAUGGCUGAGUCGUCAGAAAGCAGACCCUUAUGUGGAGAAGGCUAAGAUUUAUAACUACAGAUGUCGUAGUGCUUUUAAACUGUUGGAAAUGGACGAUAAAGCUAAAAUACUACACCCUGGUCAAACAGUUAUUGAUUUGGGGGCUUCUCCUGGAUCUUGGACUCAAGUGGCGGUUCAGAAGACAAACUCAGAUGGUGCAGAUGCUACUGAACCUGUAGGAACAGUUUUGUCAAUUGAUAAACUACAAAUUUUUCCUAUAGAGGGAGCAACAAUAAUGAGCAACAUGGACUUUUCAACUAUAGAUGCACAUGAUAAAGUAGUGGAAGCACUAAAUGGACGACAGGUAGAUUUAGUUCUCUCUGACAUGGCGCCCAAUGCGACAGGUGUUAGGGAAUUGGACAAGGACAGAAUAAUAGGUCUCUGUUAUAUGGCAAUUAGGUUUGCAGCUCUAGUCACUAGAAUAGAUGGUAAUUUACUGUUCAAAGUAUGGGAUGGAAAAGAGGUGCCCAUUUUAGAAAUGGAUUUAGAGAGAUUUUAUAAAAACAUCAAGAUUAUGAAGCCAAAGGCCAGUAGAUCAGACUCAUCAGAGAAGUUUAUACUUGCUAGAGGUUUUAGAGGUAUCCAGAGACCACUUCAAAAUGGUAGAUGGGGAUAAGAACACAACUGACCUUCAAGUAAAUAGUAAUUUUCUAGGCAGAUGUAUUCUGUUCAGUAAUAAAUAACAUGCUGUUGAGCCAGUAUUCUUUUGUAUUCAAUUGAAGUAUAUUGGAGGGAAGCCAAAAGGAAAACUCAUUUUUUUUAUCUAUCGAUGAGUAUAUUUGGCCCAUACAACAGAGGUGUCGCCAAAUAGUGAUUAUUAAUUCGAGCGUAAAUAUGAGAAAUGACUAUAUAAAGACAAUGUUAUGAAUUUUUAAUUGGAAAUUAAUAGUUUAUUUAUUUAGUUAAUCUAGUUAAAUUCCUAUUAAAAUAUUGUAUUAUGUAUGUAUACACUAUCAUUAAAUGCAAUUGUGCUUUCGGUUUAACACAGAUCCUUUAUUACAUUGCAAGGUAUUUCCAAUUUUUUCUAUGAAACGUGUUGUGAAAUAAAAUAAGGACUUCAUUUUUGUCUCCUUCUGUUCGGUAGAGUUCCACACAAAAUGAGAUUUAAUAUUCUUAUCAGUGGGCCUUUAAAUUAAUCCGAAUCGAUAAAUUUUCCGCUUGUUAUUUGUUCAAGAGUUCCUUACUUAGAACAAACAUAUUAGUUUUUUCUAAGUAACAACGUUACAAUAAUAUCAAGUUAUUAUUCUUUGGUACAAAUAAGAAAUAAAUGUCUCAUUUCGUAAACAAAAUUAAUGACAACUAUUCAUAGUUCUUAGGGAACUAGCAAAACAGGCAAGUUUAUAAAUGUAAAAUACUUUUCUGUAGUGCAUAUCUAUUCAAUUUCACGACUUGAGUAGCCAUCUCGAUAGUUAUGGUUCUAUAGUUCUCCUAAUUUCUGAUUUGAUCACGUUUAGUGUCUAAACUAUCUUAUCCAGCUCAUAGGUAUACGUAUCAUGGGUGAUAUGGAGGAGUGUUCCCAGGCCAUACAUACCGUAAGUUGUUAGACCUAUUUGCCCGUCAACGUGCGUUGAAUCGCAUACGUUGGGUACAUGGGCCCAGAUGGUCAUAAUGGCAUAUAUUCUUUAUCAACUUAAUACAAGUUGAGUGUUGUGUAUACAAGUUGAUAUUUAUACCUACUGUAUAGAAAAAAUAUUAUCAUAUUUCAGACAAUUACAUGAGAUACUUGCAGUCAAGUAUUAUUAUGUAGGUGCCUAGUCGUAUAGCUACUUGUCUUCCAGUUGCUCGUAAUCUUUUAGAUAAAUAAAGAGAAGUACAAAUUAUAUGUUAAAUAGAACAUAAAUAAUUGUUAGUAAACCUAACCUAGUAAGAAUAACAUAGAAGUAGUUUUAUUGGUAAGUUUAAAUAAACAUACAAGUGCAUUUCAUACAAAGUGUAAAUUUGUAUGAAAUGCACUUGUAUGCUACUGUAUGGCUACUGUCAUAUCUACGGCGUGCGCGUCCUUUUGUCGACCAAUCACAACUCUUUUCUGAAACUGGCGCGUUUUAUUAUUGGUCGUAAAUUUUUCCGUGUUCGUGGAAGCUGGUUACUUUAUACGUUAAUAUUACUCAAGUGAUGUGAUAGUAGGAACUUUUGUUGUUCAGGAUCUAUAUAAAAUUGGCAUACAUUUUGUAAUGUUUUCACUACUAUGGAUUCAAUAAAUUUUACUAUUAUUAUCUAUGAUUAUUAUAAAUCGAAUAACCUGUAAAGUCUCAAUAGCAAAUUACGAAGUAAGUAGACAAAUAAAAAGACAUGCAUAAAA